GCGGAAGCGCCCGGGGCGGGCGGUGCGCGGAGCCCGGCGCGAGCGGCGGAGAGGCGGCGGCCGCGGCGCGAGGAAGCCGGAGCCGGAGCGGGGAGGGCGCGCCAGGGGCAGCACCUGCGUGCGGCGCAGCGGGGCUUCCGAACAUGUGUCCUUCUCGGUGAACCCACAGUGCUCUGUUUGUUUGCCUUCUCUCAGCUCACGCAUUCUUCGAGGCUUGGUAACCGGAAUGUUUUGUCUGUUCAGGCUCCAAACAGUCAGUGGGAUAGGAACCAAAGUGAAGUACCUCUUGCUGUGUCAAGAUGAACCUGGGAAACUGGCAGCCGUUGCCUGGACUGCUUCUCUGAAUCCUCUGGUACAUCUUUUUGUCUCUAGUUUUAAAAGUUCCCCAGAGGUCACCCGAAACCCGGAAUCUUGUCAGAAUAGGAUGGCGGUCAUUCUACAGUUCUCAUUAAACACAUUCAUCUCUCAAACUUUGGAGGGAGCCAAAAGGCCAAAAGCAAGAAUUCCAGAGCAUUGCCUACACUGGUCUGUUACCCUGAUAAAUGUCUAACAAAUUCGGCAUGUGUCUACGGGGCUUGACCAUUUGCUGGGCAGAGUUCCAGAACAGUGAGACAUCUUGGAAUUCAUCUGGUUUAGGAAAGACUUUUAACUACCAGCUGGGAGUCACCUCAAGUGUUCUGUAAAUAGUCAAGUCUUGAGGCCUUUGCUCUGUGGUCUGUUUUGAUGGAUGGCUCCCCACCGAGUGAAACAGAAGGAUGACCUUGUUCUGUGAGCAGGACGAUAGUGAAAGAAGGAGCUGUGUGUGUGGAAGUCUGUGGGAAGAGGGAGCCAUCUAGAAUGUCCCCACCAAACCAGUCAGUGGAAGGCCUUCUCCAGGAAGGCUCCAACAGAUCCCUGAAUGCGACGGAAACCCCAGAGGCUUGGGAUCCAGGGACCCUCCAGGCCCUCAAGAUUUCUCUUGCUGUGGGCCUUUCCACCAUCACAUUGGCCACAGUCCUUUCCAACGCCUUUGUGCUUACCACCAUCUUUCUCACCAGGAAGCUCCAUACCCCAGCCAACUAUCUCAUUGGCUCCCUGGCCACGACGGACCUCUUAGUUUCCAUCUUGGUCAUGCCCAUCAGCAUUGCAUAUACCACCACCGGUACCUGGAGCUUUGGCCAAAUCCUAUGUGACAUCUGGCUGUCUUCUGACGUCACGUGCUGCACAGCCUCCAUCCUGCACCUCUGUGUCAUUGCUCUGGACAGGUAUUGGGCCAUCACUGAUGCGCUGGAGUACAGUAAACGCCGGACAGCAGGCCAUGCGGCCACCAUGAUUGCCAUUGUCUGGGCCAUCUCCAUCUGCAUCUCCAUCCCACCACUCUUCUGGCGGCAGGCCAAAGCUCACGAAGAGAUGUCGGACUGCCUGGUGAACACCUCUCAGAUCUCCUACACCAUCUACUCCACCUGUGGGGCCUUCUACAUCCCAUCCGUGUUGCUCAUCAUCCUCUAUAGCCGGAUCUACGUGGCGGCCCGGAACCGCAUCCUGAAUCCGCCAUCGCUGUACGGGAAGCGCUUCACCACAGCCCAUCUCAUCGCAGGUUCUGCCGGGUCCUCGCUCUGCUCUCUCAACCCCAACUUUCAUGAAGGGCAGUCUCAUUCGGGCUCCCCUCUCUUUUUCAACCACGUGAAAAUCAAGCUUGCUGAUAGCGUCCUGGAACGCAAGAGGAUUUCCGCUGCUCGAGAAAGGAAAGCCACUAAGACCCUGGGGAUCAUACUGGGGGCCUUUAUCAUCUGCUGGCUGCCCUUCUUUGUUGCAUCUCUGGUCCUCCCCCUCUGCCGGGACUCCUGCUGGAUCCACCCAGCCCUCUUUGACUUUUUCACCUGGCUAGGCUAUUUAAACUCCCUCAUCAAUCCAAUAAUCUAUACUGUGUUUAACGAAGAGUUUCGGCAAGCAUUUCAGAAAAUUGUCCAUUUCCGGAAAGCCUGCUAGUCUUAUUUGGUGGUGAUUCUUGUUAUCUUUUGUAUCUUGUAACCCGAGUAGGGGUGUCUUUUUAUUUUUCCUGAGAUUUGGGUUAAUCCUGAUAUCUUGAGUUUUGGUUCCAUCUAGAGAAUUGUUCAGCAUUCUUUUUUCCUGUUGUCUUCUUGACUUCUGAGCCACCAAAAGCUGGGCAGCUGUGGGAAAGGGGACAAGACUGAAAAUUCCACUUAGCAUAAUUUUUCAUAGUUCAUCCUUGUUGGAAGUAACAUGACCCACAGGAUUCCCUGUUGAUGCAAUUCAGGCGGAAAGCUGUCUGACUCUGUAGAAAGAUCCCAGGCUCAAAGGGAGGGCUUUCUGGUCUACCUAAGCUUUGUAUGGAGCUCAAAGAGGGUAGGUGAGAUUAAUGACCUGAGUUGAAAAAGAAUUUGGAGUCAGGAUGGAGGGGUCUCCAUUCCAUGUGGCACCUUGAUGGGAAAAUAGCACCCAGGGAUUUCUUCCACUGAGUCCUGCUUAGGUUGACUCUCUCCCAGUUAUUCAUGGGUAGAGAUUCAUUAUUCAAGGUGCCAGCGUUAUGGAGUGAUGGAGAAAGAUUCAGAAGCUUGGGCACGAAAGCAGGAUGGUUGGAACCAGAUCGACCAUCCUGUACCCUUCCUCGUUCCCCAGUAUCUCCGCACCAUCUUAACGUUCUGACGUUAAACCCCACCGUCACCCCCAUCAAAGUAGCUUGACAGGCUUCGGACCCACCAAGCUUUGAAUGGAACACCAUUGUGAAUUUUUUUCUGAAUUAUUUUUUUACAUCCUAUUCUCAUCAGAGAUCUUAAGAUGUUAAGUCUUGUCAAAUAAAAAGCAUAAGACAUCAUGAUAAGUGCAGUCUUUGGGUAAUUUUUCCCCCUCUCCCUGGAUGUAGAAACCUUCCAGUUCAGUUGUCUCCAGCAUUUAUUGAGCACUUACCACAAGCCAGGCCCGGUGCCAGCCACUGCUGUCUGUUAUCUGCCUGGAGCCUCAUCACAGUGAGAGUCAGUGUAAUUGGAUGAUUAAAGCCUAGGACCUGAUGCCUUAGUUCGAAUCCAAGUGCUACCAAUUUCCAGCUGGGUGAGCGUGGACAAGUUUCUUAAUCCUUUGCCUCACUUUCCUCACCUGUGAAAUGGGGAUAAUAGGUAUGUCAUUGUAUAAAAACAACAGCCACUAUUUAUUGAGUGCCUAUAAUGCUCCUUACAUACAGUCUCUCAUUUGCUCUUCGUCCUCAGUUUAUAGAUGCAGUAAAGAAACUUGCCUGUGGUUAGGGAAGCUUUCAGAAAGAGGCAUACUUCAGCCGACUCCCAAAAGAGGAGCCCUUGUGGGCUGAGAGGCCAAGGAAGGGGAGGUGUGAUGAGGCCUCUUGGAGGAGAUGGGGCACAGCAAAGGAAGGUAGGGGAGGUCACGCCAGGCAGAGGGAAGAGCAGGAACAGAGCCUGGGAGGCCUGUGAUGCUCGGCGGAGUCUCCGGGCACGGGGAGAAGAAUGAGAGCCAGGAAUAUGGGCUAUCAGGAAGGGCGGGGUACCCAGAGAAGUCUUGUGCUGACCUUGAAGCUUCUGCUGGACAUCUCGCAGUAUGGUCCCUGGCCUUCUGCAUUCGACUCUGCUAGGGAGCUUGUUGACGCUGGAUUCCUGGUCCCCGACUCAGAUCCACGGAUCAGAAUCUCUGGCAGUGAGGUCCAGGAGACUGUUUUAUCUAAGCAUUUCUCCCACUUCUUGCACUAGGAGAUUUCUAUGUCUCUAAAGUUUGGGGACCACUGAGUGUCUUGCUCACACUGUGAGGCUCCUCCCCGAGCCUGGAGACGCCUCCCAGCACGUUCACUGCUCCCCUCUCCCCUGCUAUGCCCUUUCCUACCUUCCUUUGAGGCUGUGCUCUCCCCCGUUUCCUCCAUCUUCCUUUGGGCCAUCGUCCUGAUUUGGGAAAGAUCAGGAAUUCAGAGACUGGACAGGGAAUUACAGUGUUGCUCAGUGGUUAAGGGCACAGGCUUUGAAGUCAGAAACACCCAGAAUUGAAUCCCAGUUCUACCAUUUAUUAGCUGUGUGACCUGGGACAAGUCACCCAACCUCUCUGUGCUCCAGUUUCUUCAACCAUUAAAUGAGGUUGUCAGUAUCUAAGCCAUAGAGCCUUGUGAGGAUUAAAUGAAGUAGUGAUUGUAAAAUGCUUGGCACAGAGCCUGGCCCAUCAGUGCUGAGUACAAUGCCAUCCGUGAACACUACGUGAGAGCUUUGAGCCGAUUACAAAAGAAGCUCAAAUGCCGCCUCCUCAGAGGCCCUCCCUGACUAGAACAAAGGUUGGGAAACUUUUUUUUUUAAGACUGGCACCUGGGCUAACGUCUGUUGCCAAUCUUCUUUUUUUCUUCU